CCCCGCGUGCUCCCAGCCCCGCGCGCCCGGCCCGGCGACCCUGCGCGUCGGAGCCGCGCCCCCGGGAGCCGCAGUGCUCAGUGGCCUGGCGCCGGCGGGGAGCGCGCGGGGGGCCGGCGGGGAGCGGCCUGAGGCCGGCGGGGAGCGCGCGCAGAUGAGCCCGCGCCAUGGGGCAGGCGGGCUGCAAGGGGCUCUGCCAGUCGCUGUUCGACUACAAGACCGAGAAGUAUGUCAUCGCCAAGAACAAGAAGGUGGGCCUGCUCUACCGGCUGCUGCAGGUCUCCAUCCUGACCUACCUGGUGGUCUGGGUGUUCCUGGUGAAGAAGGGUUACCAAGACACUGACACCUCCCUGCAGAGCAGCAUUGUCACCAAAGUCAAGGGUGUGACCUUCACCAACACAUCGGAGCUCGGGGAGCGGCUCUGGGAUGUUGCUGACUAUGUCAUCCCACCCCAGGGAGAGAACGUCUUCUUCGUAGUCACCAACUUGAUCGUGACCGCCAACCAGCGGCAGGAAACCUGUGCUGAGAGCGAAAGCAUUCCGGAUGCCUGGUGCUACACAGACAGUGACUGUCCCCCUGGGGAGCCUGUUGUGGCUGGAAAUGGAGUGAAGACUGGCCGUUGCGUGCGGGUGGGCAGCAUGCAGAGGGGCACCUGUGAGGUGUUCGCCUGGUGCCCCGUGGAGACAAAGCCCAGACCAGUGAAGCCACUGCUGGGCAAGGCUGAAGACUUCACCGUUUACAUAAAGAACUUCAUUCGUUUCCCCAAAUUCAACUUCUCCAAGACCAAUGUGCUGGACACCAAUGACAGAGCUUUCCUGAAGUCCUGUCAGUUUGGCCCCAAGAACCCCUACUGCCCCAUCUUCCGACUGGGGUCUGUGGUCAGCUGGACGGGGAGCAACUUCCAGGAGAUAGCUGUGCAGGGUGGUGUGAUAGGAAUUCAGAUUGAAUGGGAUUGUGAUCUUGAUAAAGCUCCUUCUGAAUGCAACCCUCACUAUUCUUUUAGCCGUCUGGACAACACAUUUUCAGAAAACUCAAUCUCCUCUGGGUACAACUUCAGGUUUGCCAAGUAUUACCGAGACGCUGCUGGGGUGGAGUUCCGCACCCUGAUGAAAGCCUAUGGGAUCCGCUUUGAUGUGAUGGUGAACGGCAAGGCAGGGAAGUUCAGCCUCAUCCCCACAGUCGUCAACAUUGGCUCUGGGGUGGCGCUCAUGGGUGCUGGGGCUUUCUUCUGUGACCUGGUACUUAUCUACUUCAUCAAGAAGAGCCACUUUUACCGAGACAAGAAGUAUGAGGAAGUGAGGUCUGGCCACCUGGGGAACGGAGAGGUGAAUGUGGAUCAGCUACAGAACCUGCAGACGGUGGACGCAUAGCCAGAGGUGUCGGCUGAGAGCAGAUCUGGUGAAGAUGGUGGGGCCGAACCACCCGCAACUCUGAACUGAGCAGUGUCGUGUGUUUGCCUGGGAUCCUGCUGCGGGCUUUGUGCUGGGUGUGCUGUGUGCGUGGCUGUGGCGGGGGCAGGGGGCCCUCCUAGUGGCCGGCGUGGCUCCGAGCUGCAAGAGGAGGCCUUGGGGAGCCAAGUGGGGGAAGGCCGCGGGCCUGGGUGGUACUAGAGUGUUUUCAUUUUUCUGAGAACCUGGUUCGUUCAUUCAUUCAUUCGUUCAUUCACACGAUACACGUUAUUUGCUGUGGGCUGUGCCCCAUCCAAGAGAUGCUUAAAUGAGACGCUGACCUGGCCCUCGGGGGCCGGGGCGGGGAGAGCACACGUGUAAUUCCCUCCAGAGCUGGCAGACAUCACAGCCAGCCUCAGCCGGCCUGGCCUUCCUCCAGCCUCUAGCUCAGACUUCCACAAUCCCUGUUGAGACCCCUGGGUCUUCAGAGAAAGACUUUGGCCAACAUCCACAGGGACAUCUGGCCUUCAGGAAUAAAAAAGGUGGCCCAGGAGGCCACGAGGAAAGGACUGGACGUGUGAGGAGGCAGCUGGCCCUUGCGGGGAGAUGCAGCCUCGAGGGCUCCCAGCUAAGGUGGGGAAGGGGAGGCAGGGAGACCUCUGCUCCAGUCUGCCAGCCCAGUCUCAGGAGGCCUCGGGCAUAGCGUCUCACCCAAACGGGAGAUCGUGUGCCUCUGUCUGUCUCUCCCAGUUCUGUGCAGCUGGGUGACCCUGCCUGGCCCCCCUCCCUUUCUCCUCAAAGGCUGGGUCGAAGGGCUGGUGACUACACUAGGUGGCGCUCACGUGGCAGGUGGAAGCAGUUGU